AUGGCUGAUCACGGCGGGGAUGUCGAUUCUGAGGAUAGCUCCGUGGAAUACAAGGCCCCUCCAAAGAAAACCUUGCAAGAGCUGCAGCAGCUUGACCAAGAGGACGAAAGCCUGAAACGAUAUAAAGAAGCGCUCCUAGGUGCAUUGGAUUUGAAAGCCGAUGUUCCAUUCCCGAAUAACCCUAAAUGUGUUGUUUUUGAGUCCUUCACUGUCUGCGUCGAAGGACAACCGGAUCGGACGAUCAGUCUACUAGAUGAAAGUAGUCUGGACAAUCCCGACUGCAAUCGAAUACCGAUUCCUGAGGGCACCAGCUAUCAUAUCGAGGUUCGGUACUACGUCCAACGAGAUAUUGUGACCGGGUUGCAAUACGAACAAUCCGUUCACCGAGGACCGCUGCGAGUUGACCACUCCACUGUCAUGCUGGGCAGCUACGCUCCGCAACGGGAUGUCCGUGUUUGGAAAUCAGAAAUGCUCGAGGCACCCAAGGGCGUAGUGCAUCGAGGCACUUAUUCCAUCAAAAGCCGGUUCAGAGACGUAGACAAAACCGAGUACAUAUCUUGGAAGUGGAGCAUCGAUGUCUGCAAGCCCUGA